AUGGAGAAAGGAAAACGGAUCAAAAUUCCUUCAACGAAGUAUCGGGAUUUUGUUACACAUACAAUACGGAAACACAAUCCAUCGACGAGUACACCCGCAACAUCAUCUUUCCCAGGGCACGAGCCUAGAACUUUCAAAGAUGCAAUGAAAUACUCAGGAUGGAGAGAUGCAAUGGCCGCAGAAAUUAAAACUAUAGAAGAACAGGGUACUUGGGUGCUUGAGAAACUCCCACAUGGAAAGAAGGCUCUCAGAAGCAAGUGGGUAUAUACAGAAAAGCGUGAUGAACAUGGAAAUGAUAAAAAUUCUUUAUCCAAGUUUAAAGCAUAUUUAGGUAACUGUUUUAAGAUAAAGGACUUGGGAGUAUUGAAGUAUUUCCUAGGUCUUAAGGUGGCACAGAGUAAACAGGGAUUUUAUAUUUGUCAACGGAAAUAUUCUCUUGACAUUAUUUCUGAAGCAGGACUUUUAGGAGCUAAGCCGACAUAUUUUCUGAAGGAACAGAAUCAUAAAUUAGCUCUAGUAGGAGGCAGAUUUAUGCAGUCUCCGAAAAAGGCACAUUGGGAAGCAGCACUUCGUGUGGUGCGCUACUUGAAGAAAAAUCCGGGACAUGGAAUACUCCUUCGAUCUGAUAGUGCUUUGAAACUAGAGGGUUGGUGUGCCUCUGAUUGGGUUAUGAAUUUAUUUUGCGAUAGUCAGUCAGCUCUAUAUAUUGCUCAAAAUCUGGUAUUCCAUGAGAGAACGAAACAUAUUGAAGUUGAUAUGCAUUUAGUGAGAGAUGCGAUUAAAGAUGGUUUGAUUUCGCCGUCGUAUGUUCCUACAAAGGAGCAGCUCGCGGACAUUUUUACCAAGGCCUUGGGGAAGGCUCAAUUCGAGUCUCUACUUGCCAAGUUGGGCAUUCGGGAUCUUCAUGCUCCAACUUGA